AUGGCGCUUACUCGUCUACCUACCGAAAUUCUUGACACAAUCAUCCCACAUACCUUGCCAGAGGGUUUCGAGAGCCUGGCAUUGACCUGCAGGAAAAUCUACGCACUAUGCACACCAUUCAUUGAGCGCCACAACCACCUCCGCUCGCAGUUCCAAAGGUUUAUGUACAGGGAAUAUUCGAGGGACCCGUUAUUAUUACCCAUCAGAAACGCGUUCGAUCUUAUUACACGUAUCGCUAUCGAGCCUAUGGUGGCGCGUUAUAUUAGAGACGCAGACCUCUACCGUGACAACUACCCCCCUCGUGCUAGAGUCCCUCAGCUUGUACCGGAUGUUUAUCGUGGUGGGCCUGUGGUCACACUGUUUGCCGAUUCUCCUUACCUAAGACAAGCAGGUCUGGACUGGAAGGAAUACUAUGCCUCAAUUAAAGAGGAUCUUAAACCACGCCCCCACUACUCACAACACGCUGCUGCUUUUAUUUUAACUCUCCUGCCCAACGCCAAGACUCUCAAGCUACCAAGAUUAUGGAAGCCGCUCGACAAAACCGAGAAGCUUCUCGAUAUUAUCAUUCACAAAACCAAGCAGUCGAAUUUCCUAUGGGACAGUCCUAGUCUCGCUCAAGUCACUAGAUUUGAGUCAUACAAGUCGUCAGGCGCCGGACACCGAUUUGACUUGGAUAAAGCGGUUCCCUUCCUGGCCUUACCACACGUGCGGUUGUUUCGCGGCCCUAGCUGCGUGGCUAUAGGCAGUGACUCUAUAGCACUCGCAUCUAAAGAUCCGUAUCUUUGCUACGGUGAGACUCUUGAAAUUGUUCAUCUCGCGGGCAGUUGUAUCGACGAGGUGGCUAUUGCCGACUUUCUUAAACACACCUCACGUCUUAGGACGCUUAAGUACUCUCAUUCGAAAAAAGGGGAUAGUGAGGACUGGGACAUCUGCAAAUUCGUCACGGCAAUUGAGCGCGAGGCAGGGAGUUACCUCGAGGAGCUUUCUAUCUCUCUAUGCGAGCCACGCAGUUCGGUUACUCCUGGCAAGGCGUCGAUGCGCGGCUUUCAGCGUCUGCGGAAGCUCCAAUUGCCUCUCGAGAUUGCAAUGUGUAAUGUUGCUAAUGCUACAUCUCGAGUUACCACACCAAACGAAGGUUUAACGGGCCAAGGACUAGACAAAUUUGAGCAAUUUAUCGGUGACUUUGUACCUGCUUCAGUCUCUCAGCUAUCACUACUAUCAAGCGGGACAGACCACCAUGAGAUGGCCCUCAAGGUCAUGUUUCGUGAUUUCGCCGCUAGGAAGGAUUCUCAGUUGCCUGCUCUCAAGGAAAUCUACCUUUCCUGCCUUAUGAGUCCAAGUGCAGACGAUGCGUACAAGGAAGAGUGUGCAAAGCUGGUUGCGGAGACCGAUGAGGCGGGCGUGGUGUUACAUCUAAUGGACUGGCGGGACAUGCCAACUAUAGCAUGGAGUGAGGCAUAG